AUGAAGGAACUGGCUUGUCAAGCAUCUUUCCAUGGAUUCAAAUUAAACUUCAUCGACAAUUUCGAUGAACUUUCGCUUUCGGAAAGUGUGCAAGAGGCAACUGGUAACACUCAGACAAACUACUUAUUCUUCCCUCAAGGAACGUAUCAGCUGUGCUCGCAGGCGUCAUCCGAUCAGAUGGGUGCCAAAUGGGUGCUCAGUGUAAGGUCGCAGAUGCGUGGUAUGGUUAUCGAUUUGGAUCAAAGAAUAGGUAAAUUCGCGAAAAUGGUUGUGAAUACCUUCUCAUCCCUGGGCGAAAAUGAAGACGAUAUGGAUGACAGGCGGUCGAACGUUUCAGAUGAUGAUCCUAAGAUCGAAGGUGCUGGUGAGCUGAAAAACUUACGACCUGAAGAAAGAGUACCGUGGAUGGAGAGGAAGAUGCACGAACAGUCGACCCUCGUAUCGGAUUUGGUCGGUUGUAAGGCGUCCGAGAAGCGUAUCGAAGCUGAACGAGGAAAACUCCGUCAGUACGAGCUGAUGCGUUUCAAAGAAUUCCGUCGUAGUAUGAUAGAGAAGAUUCGACGACGAAGGAAUACUGGAAACAAAGGCGAGAGAAGGCCUAGGACGUUCUCGAACGAAAAUCUGAGGCCAGCGAAAACAGUUUCGGAUCUACGUGCAGCGGAACAACAAGAAGAGAAAAAUCAAGCAGAAAAUGUUCGAAUGAACAUUGAUGUCCAGGUGAGCAUCGAAUCGGGUCGGUGUACAUUGCGAACAGCGCCGAAGCAGGAGAUGUCGCUCAUCAUGAUUCCGACAAUGGUGAAAAAACCGUCAGCCAAAGAUCUACGUACAAAAGCGUUUUCUUCUACCCAGCCAACAAACUUCACCAGAUUCAGCAUUCCGAGCUUGGACAUGAGAGGGUACUACAUAUCAGCAGAUUCUGGUUCCAUACCAGCAUCGGUGUCGGCUUCGUUUUCCAAAGGGGUCGCCCAUCACAAGCAUCUACGUACCAGAUGGAUGGAUGCUGCUUCUCAACACAAUCCACACACUUCCCGUAUUAACAGUGCGAUCAUUCGAAAUCGAGGAUGCUUCUACCUGUCUGCAGCGCUGGCGUCUAUGCCAACCGAAACAGUGGUCACACCGCAUCUUGCGGACUAUCUAGAACAGGUAAGUAAGCAAGAAGAAUUUGAUCACAUCGUAAACAACCAUUGA